AUGCGUGUGUCGUUGUUUUUGUCUGAUCUGCUCGACUACUGCCUCUACGAGACCUUCGUAGCCACCUGUCCGAGGGAUCACGUGAUCGUUAUGACGUCAGCGAAGUACGGACGAAUCAGAAGCGGCCGUUGUGCCAUUGGUAGUGACGAUCUCGGGUGUUUCGUGGACGUGAUGAGCGAGAUGGGGUGGUGGUGUGGUGGCAAGAGUGGGUGCAGUGUGCAGGUGAGGAACCUUCUGGAUCUGCAUCCCUGUGGAAAGGAUUAUGUUUCCUACCUGCAGGCUAGCUACGUCUGCAUUCCUGGACGUUCAAUUGAAUUUCGUGCCUUACAUAUGAGCGCGAAAGAUUUGACGAUACGUGAAGACAAUGUUUGGUUUGAUAAUGAGAUAUUCAGAGUAAGCCAACAUCGAGCAAACAUUAACACGGCGAAUAAAUGGAAUGUUAAGGAACAGUUACAACUUUUCUGA